GGCUGGAGCUGGCCUUACCCACUAUCUGUCCAUCAAUCAAUCAAUCAAUCAAUCAUUCAAUUCACGCUCUGUCGUGUGUCCAUCACGGGCAGUCAACCAUGUUCGGAUCCUUUGGCUUGGCAAACCUGCCGGCCAAGGUCAAGGUAGCCCCCGAGGACAUCCCGCCUCCAACGACCAUUAGUCUUCCUCGAUACCAGCCUUUCGUCCAAGAUGACGCGCCAGUCGAUCCGGAGAACGCUCUAUCUAAUCUUCUCAAAUGCACGGGCCGAACCUCUGCUACCGCGGGAGCCCUUGGACUUUCUGCCAUCGGAUUUGACUUGAGACUGGACGUCGAAGUCGACGACCUGAUCCCCGAUCCAGCCGUUCUCCCGGAUUUCGAGAGGUGGGACAAGCUCACGCUCGAGGAGGCUCGAGAAAUGAAGCAAUCAGAGCGUCGAUUCUUGGCCAGCGGCAAGGAGCAUCCUGGGAGUCUCGUCUACAUAGAGCGCCGCAGGGAGCUUUCUCACGACAACGAGGAAGCGUUCCGCACAGUUCGUCGCCUGGCGCCACCCAAGGGGAUGCAACAGCCUCGCCUCGGCAACGCCUAUGAGUUCUUCCGCUGCCUCGAGUUCUUCACCAUGUACUGGGACGACCCGACCCGGCCCCCUUCACUCCCUCCAUCUCCUGAGUUGGCACCGACAGAGAACGGAGAUGCCGCCACCGCCAAGGAGUCACCGCCACCACCAAACGUACGAACCUCGGAUGGAAGUUCAAUGCCUCCGGAGUAUCGCCAACAUCUCAUGACAGCCUUUAUCAAGCUCGUCGCGUAUGACUUUGGCUGUAACGUCUCCAUGUCUCGAUUGGAGCCAAGACUGCAUCUGAGCUCCCCAGAGGGCCAUCCUAGCCCGCGAAAGUCAUACAGCCCCUCCAACUGUCAGUUUAUCUUCCAGAGUCCAAUGACACGGGAAGCAGCACGCAGCGGCCUGGUGUAUGGCCCAGUUGGGGCGGUGAGUACGCGCCCGAUUACAGACUUUACCACACCUGAUAUCGAGACUGCACAGUCUCUCGACCUAGCUCGAGAAGUGGUGGCAGCGCUCAUCACAGCCCAACACAGGGCUCGCGAAGGCAAGACCGAGACGCGGUUUGGUGAGAACCAGUGGUGGACUACCAAACCGAGAUGGGGCGGCGGCCCGGGAGGCCCCAUCGGUCGAGAAGCCGACAUGGAUCUGCCCUCCGGAGACAAAGAUGCUGCGCCUGGCGACUCUGAGAGAGCGGCUCGGCCCGCUACGAAGAAGGCCCGGAAAACCAUGUCCGCAUACGACGCUUAUCGUAUGGUCCGGCCGCCGGCCUAUACAUGGGACAAGAAGGCCCGUUACCAAGCCAUCGGCAGGCAGAAGGGCGUCGAUUAUGAUGACAUCUUUGUGAUCAGCUCUGUUCUCCACCACGUGUCCAUCCUUCGGGUGCGAGUGCCCGAUCGACUCUUGGAUGUGCUCGCGGGCUCUCCCGAGCCGGACGUAACACGACGCAGCUGGGGAAAGGUGCAGGGAUGGCGAAGUCGAUGGUUCGACUUCUUCAAUGCCGAGCAAAGGCUUGAGGCCAUGAAGACGCUCUGGGCCGUGAUGGAAUAUCAGAUGAGGAAACAGCCAACAGGAGACGAAGACGUCGAGAUGGCCGAGAAGUGAGCAUUU